AUGAAUUCAAGGUUAAUUUUAGUUAUUGUUGCUGGUUGGAUUUUGCCUGUCCUUAACGCUAAUAUAGGAGAAUGGGAUGAGGUAUGGACGAAACGUGAACAUGAGGCCAGGAACCGUACUCUUGAGGCUUACCACCCAAAUCCCCGAAAUGUAGUCGAUCAUUUGAAUAUGCACGUCAACAGAGUAUUGAAAGAAAUAGAAGUAGAUGAAGGAAUAAGGUCAAAUAGCUCGAGAAGACAUCUAAUGCAGAGCAAAGGUCCAUGUACGGCGACAAACCCAAUCGACAAAUGUUGGAGAUGUCAAGCCAAUUGGGCAGACAACCGAAUGAAGUUGGCCGACUGUCCGUUAGGGUUCGCGGUGAAGACGACGGGGGGAAAGGGUGGUAAGAUUCAUGUGGUUACCGACCCUUCUGACGACGACGUACAAAAUCCUAAACCAGGAACCCUACGCCACGCCGCGCUCCAGAAAGAGCCACUGUGGAUCAUAUUUGAGAAAAACAUGGUAAUCAAGUUGAAACAAGAGUUGAUGGUGCAGAGCGACAAGACGAUCGACGGACGUGGGGCUAAAGUGGAGAUUUCGGGAGGCGCCGGAAUAACCAUACAAUUUGUGAAGAAUGUGAUCAUCCAUGGAAUCAAGAUUAGUAACAUCGUGAAGGCUGCAGGUGGACUUAUUAGGGACUCAGUUGACCAUGUUGGGAUGCGACAACAGAGUGAAGGUGACGGAAUAACCAUCUUUGGAUCACAAAAUGUUUGGGUUGAUCAUGUUUCUUUGACCAAAUGCACCGAUGGGAUGAUUGAUGCAACCCAAGGUUCCACUGCAGUCACCAUCUCCAACUGCCACUUGACCGAUCACGAUAAGACAAUCCUUUUUGGUUCGGACGACAAUUACAAAGAUGAUGUGAAAAUGCAAGGCACAGUGGCAUUCAACCAUUUCGGGCAAAAACUAGUGCAGAGAAUGCCGAGGUGUAGAUUUGGUUAUUUCCAUGUUGUUAACAACGACUACAACCAAUGGUUAAUGUAUGCCAUUGGUGGGAGCAGCGCUCCCACCAUUAUUAGCCAAGGCAACAGAUUCACUGCAAGCAGCAAUCCUCAAACUAAAGAGGUGACCAAAAGGGAGAAGGCUACAGAAGCGGAAUGGAAGAAAUGGACAUGGGUAUCGGAGGGGGACGUAUUAUUGGGAGGCGCAGUUUUUGUUUCAUCAGGAGACCAGGGUUGGGCAAAGAAGCAUCCUGAGGUGUAUGACAAGAUUCAAGCAGCACCUGGUACUAAUGUAGAACAAAUGACUAAAUUUGCAGGGGCACUGGAAUGCGAAAAGGGAAAACCGUGUUAGGAAACUGACAAGGACCUAUAGCUGAUAAUCUCUCCGUAUAAUUAGUUAGCUUAUUUUAUUAUUUAUUAUUUAGUUGUUAUGGUUUGAUUUACUUUCCAUAGUGAUUAGAACUUGAUUUGUUUUCAAUU